UCUCCACCAAUCCUCCUCACACCCCGAACGCAAAAGAAGCCGCGCGGAUCGAAAAGCAGGCAGCACCCCAGCAGCGAUCGCCAAAAAGCAAAAGCCACCUCAAUCCGCGCCCGCAGCGGAAAAAGCAGCAAAGCUUAGCGGCGAAGGCGAAAGCGAAAGCGAUAAAAGCCGCGGGCGCGCGAGAUCGCGAUGGCGCAGUUGUGGCCGCCACCACCGCCACCACCUCCUCCUCCUCCUCGGCUCCCUCCUCACCCCGCCACGGGAGCGCGCGCCGUGCCCGCGCGAAGGAGGAAUGGAGCUGGAGAUCGUGGAGGUGGGCCCGUCGAGCAGGCCGCUGCGGUACGUCCCGCGGCCGCUGCCAUGGCGGCAGCCCCCUCCGCCCCCGCCCCCGCCUCCAACGCCGCAGCAGCAGCAGGGGGCCGCGGCAGCGCCGGUGGCGCAGCAGUUUGACAGCGAGAAGCUCCCGCAGACGCUGGUGUCGGAGAUCCGCCCCUUCCUGCGCGCCGCCAACCAGGUCGAGGCCGAGAACCCGCGCGUCGCCUACCUAUGUCGGUUUCAUGCUUUUGAAAAGGCUCAUAAGAUGGAUCCACGUUCAACAGGAAGGGGUGUUCGGCAAUUUAAAACUGCACUUCUUCAGAGACUUGAACAGGAUGAGAGGAGCACCAAAUCGAAGAUGACGCAAAAUGGUGAUGCUCGAGAGAUGAAAUCAUUCUACGAGCAGAAAAAGCAAGCCAAUGCACAUGAACUCUUGCCUGUCCUAGCAGAAGUGCUGAAGGCUCUUCUCACCGGCACUGGCUUGGAGAGCCUUGCUGCUACUGAAGAUUUUGCUGACAUGUCAGACUUAUUCCGAUAUAAUAUUCUUCCACUCCAUCCUAGAUCAAGUCAAAAACCAAUUAUGCUUCUCCCAGAGAUCAAAGUUGCAGUUGCUGCGGUGUUUAAUGUUCGCAGUCUUCCAUCAGCUAACAUCAAGGACGAAAAAGCUCAUAGAGAUAUUCUUCGAUGGCUGCAAAGUUGGUUUGGAUUUCAGAAAGGAAAUGUUGCCAACCAAAGGGAGCAUCUAAUUCUUUUGCUUGCAAAUGUGCAUGCUCGAUUUAAUCCCAAGCCAUCCUCUGCUCCAAUGCUUGAUGACAGAGCAGUAGAUGAAUUAUUGGCAAAAACAUUUGAGAACUAUCUGACCUGGUGCAAAUUUUUGGGGCGAAAAAGCAACAUAUGGUUGCCCUCUGUGAAGCAGGAAAUUCAGCAACAUAAACUUCUAUACAUAGCUCUUUAUCUUCUUAUAUGGGGAGAAGCAUCAAAUUUACGACUGAUGCCAGAAUGCUUAUGCUACAUUUUUCAUCAUAUGUCAUAUGAGCUAUAUGGAGUGCUCUCUGGAGCUGUAAGCUUAAUUACUGGGGAAAAAGUCCGACCUGCAUAUGGAGGAGAUGAUGAAUCAUUUCUUAACAAUGUAGUGAGGCCGAUAUACAUUGUCAUACUUGAGGAGGCUCAAAAGAACAAAAAUGGAGCAUCUGAUCACUCAACAUGGAGAAACUAUGAUGAUAUCAAUGAAUUCUUUUGGUCUGCUGAUUGCUUUAAGCUUGGUUGGCCCAUGCGCCUUAACAAUGAUUUCUUUUUCACGUCGAGUGCAACUAAGAACUCUCAGGUUCUUUGCAGAUCAAGAUUAUCAAGGGUGCCACAUGGCUUUGAAAAUUGUGCUAGCUGUGUUCCACUAGUGUCUGGAGACAUAUCUCAGCAAACUGAGCAGCAAAAUCCCCAAGUGCUUCAUGAGUCCUCACCAGCAGAAAACAAUCUUAAUUCAGAAGGAACGGAGCAACGACAACAGCAAAGUACAAGUCAGACUUCUCAACAAAGGUGGUUGGGAAAGACAAAUUUUGUUGAGGUCCGUUCCUUUUGGCAUCUGUUCAGAAGCUUUGAUAGGAUGUGGACAGUCCUUGUGCUUGGGCUUCAGGUUCUGAUAAUAAUGGCAUGGCAUGGAUUAGAAAGCCCUCUUCAGUUACUUGAUCCAAUAAUUUUUGAGGAUGUUCUGAGUAUUUUCAUUACCAAUGCAGUACUUCGAGUUAUUCAAGUGAUCCUUGACAUUGCUUUCUCAUGGAGAACCAAGCCAACAAUGAGAUUCGAUCAGAUACUGAGAUUUACUGUAAAAUUUUCUCUUUCGGUGGCAUGGGCAAUCAUUCUUCCUACAUUUUAUGCCAGUUCUAAAAAUUACAAGACUUGUUCAGCUCAACGAUAUAAAACCUUUCUGGGGAUGUUCUGCUUGUCAAAUUAUAUGGUGGCUGUUGCAUUGUACCUUGUAAGCAAUGUGAUCGGGAUGGCGUUAUUUUUUGUUCCAGCUGUCACCAGCUACAUAGAGACAUCUACUUGGCGAAUCUGCAAUAUGUUGUCCUGGUGGUGUCAGCCACAAUCAUAUGUUGGACGAGGAAUGCAAGAAGGACAAGUACCUUUACUGAAGUACACAGCAUUUUGGAUGGUUCUCUUGUCAAGUAAAUUUUUAUUCAGCUACUACUUUGAGGUUAAGCCUCUUGUGGGACCUACAAAAGAAAUUAUGAAGAUCAAUGUGAACAAAUAUGAGUGGCAUGAAUUCUUCCCACAAGUCAAGAGUAAUGCUGGUGCUAUUCUUGCUGUAUGGGCCCCUAUAAUUCUUGUCUAUUUCAUGGACACACAGAUAUGGUAUUCUGUAUUUUGUACUAUUUUCGGUGGUAUGUGUGGUAUUAUUCAUCAUCUUGGUGAGAUUCGCACAAUGGGAAUGGUCAGAAGUCGGUUUUGUACCUUACCAGAAGCCUUCAACAUGUCUCUUGUUCCUCAUUCAAUGCCGAAAGAGAAGAAGGGAAUGUUGCCUAGUUUCUUGGAGAAGAAAAUAUUCAAGAAAUUAGGUAAAGCUGAAAUACAUGAUCCGACGAAGUUUGCUCUGGUUUGGAACCAGAUAAUAAAUAGCUUCCAUUCAGAGGACUUAAUAAGCAAUAGAGAGAUGGAUUUGAUGAUGAUGCCCAUGUCACUACAGUAUAGUUCUGGUUCUAUUCGGUGGCCAUUGUUUUUACUUGCCAAAAAGUUUUCAGAAGCAGUGGAUAUGGCAGCAAAUUUUACCGGAAAAAGUGCGCAACUCUUUUGGAAAAUUAAGAAGGACAAUUACAUGUUUUGUGCUAUCAACGAUUUCUACGAAUUGACAAAAAAUAUUUUCAUAAUUCUCGUUAUUGGCGAGCCAGAGAAGAGGUUGAUAGCUGCCAUCUUUGAUGAAAUUGAAAAGAGUAUUCAGAACUCGAGUCUGCUGAUCAAUUUUAGGAUGGAUCAUUUGCCUUCACUACUUAACAAAUUUGACCGGUUGGCCGAGCUUUUGUAUAUAAACAAACAAGAACUUCGAUAUGAGGUGACGAUUCUACUCCAAGAUAUUGUUGAUAUUCUAAUCCAAGAUAUGAUUGUGGAUGCUCAAAGUAUAUUGGAUGUGAUUAAUUCUUCUGAGAGACUGAUCUCCAAUGAUGACGGCACAUUCGGGUACUAUGAACCAGAGCUCUUUGCAUCAGUCAGCUCAAUAUCAAACAUCCAAUUUCCAUUUUCUGAUAAUGAUCCAGUAAAAGAACAGGUUAAACGUCUCUCCCUUUUGCUUAAUACAAAAGACAAGGUUGUGGAAAUACCAUCAAAUUUAGAGGCUCAGCGACGCAUUUCAUUCUUCGCCACAUCUCUGUUUAUGGAUAUGCCUGCUGCUCCCAAAGUUCGCAGUAUGUUGUCAUUUAGCAUAAUAACUCCAUAUUUCAUGGAAGAAGUGAAGUUUUCGGAGGAUGAGCUUCAUUCAAAUCAAGACGAAGCAUCUGUCCUUUCCUACAUGCAAAAGAUAUAUCCAGAUGAGUGGAAAAAUUUUUUGGAACGCCUUGGUCCAAAGGUAACAAAUGAUGAAAUUAGAUACUGGGCUUCCUUCCGUGGUCAAACACUGAGCCGAACUGUGCGGGGAAUGAUGUACUACAGAAAGGCACUGAGAUUACAGGCUUUCUUAGACAGGACAAAUGAUCAAGAAUUAGAUAAAGGACCUAUGGCAGCUCAGCAAGGACAAAACAAAAGAAACAUCCACCAAUCAUUAUCAACUGAACUAGACGCACUUGCAGAUAUGAAAUUUUCAUAUGUCAUUUCAUGUCAAAAGUUUGGGGAACAAAAAAUUAAAGGUGACCCCCUUGCUCAAGACAUCAUAGAUCUGAUGACAAGGUAUCCUGCUCUGCGGGUCGCCUAUAUUGAAGAGAAGGAAGUCAUAGUAAAUAACUUUCCUCAUCAGGUUUAUUCCUCUGUUUUAAUAAAAGCAGAAAAUAAUUUUGACCAGGAGAUUUACCGUAUAAAGCUGCCCGGUCCACCCAUCAUUGGAGAAGGGAAGCCUGAAAAUCAGAACCAUGCUAUUAUCUUCACUCGGGGAGAAGCACUACAAACAAUUGAUAUGAAUCAAGACAACUAUCUGGAAGAAGCUUACAAAAUGAGGAAUGUCCUUCAAGAGUUUGUAAGGCAUCCUAGGGACAAAGCUCCAACUAUCCUUGGGCUUAGAGAGCAUAUCUUCACUGGAAGUGUUUCAUCUCUUGCUGGCUUCAUGUCAUAUCAAGAGACAAGCUUUGUUACAAUUGGACAAAGAUUUCUUGCUGAUCCCCUUAGGGUACGGUUUCACUAUGGUCAUCCAGACAUUUUUGAUCGGAUAUUUCAUUUAACAAGAGGUGGCAUAAGUAAAGCAUCUAAAACUAUAAACUUAAGUGAGGAUGUGUUUGCUGGCUAUAAUUCCAUAUUGCGUCGUGGGCAUAUAACUUACAACGAGUACAUUCAAGUUGGCAAAGGGCGUGAUGUUGGUCUUAAUCAGAUAUCAAAAUUCGAAGCUAAAGUGGCAAAUGGCAAUAGUGAACAAACACUUAGCCGUGAUAUUUACCGGCUAGGACGGCGAUUUGAUUUCUUCAGGAUGCUUUCUUGCUAUUUCACGACUGUGGGAUUUUACUUCAAUAGCUUAAUAUCAAUUGUUGGUCUUUAUGUUUUCCUAUAUGGGCAGUUAUACUUGGUUCUCAGUGGCCUACAGAUGUCUCUGUUACUUGAAGCUCAGACUCAGAAUAUAAAGUCCUUAGAGACAGCCCUUGCAUCUCAGUCUUUUCUCCAGCUGGGACUGCUUACAGGAUUGCCUAUGGUGAUGGAACUAGGUCUGGAAAAGGGUUUCCUUGCAGCUCUGAGUGAUUUUAUCCUCAUGCAACUGCAGUUGGCUUCAGUUUUCUUCACGUUCUCUCUUGGAACAAAAGCACACUACUAUGGCCGUACUAUUCUCCAUGGGGGUGCUAAAUACCGGCCAACAGGGCGUAAAUUUGUAGUUUUCCAUGCAAGCUUUACAGAAAACUAUCAGUUAUAUUCCAGAAGUCAUUUCGUCAAAGGAUUUGAGUUGAUCUUCCUUUUGAUAGUUUACCACAUUUUUAGGAGAUCUUAUGCGAGCAGUGUGGUACAUGUGAUGAUCACUUACUCAACGUGGUUUAUGGCAGUGACUUGGUUGUUUGCACCUUUUCUUUUUAAUCCAGCUGGUUUUGCUUGGCAAAAAAUUGUUGAGGACUGGGCUGACUGGAAUCGGUGGAUGAGGAACCAAGGGGGUAUAGGAGUGCAACCAGAAAAGAGCUGGGAGUCGUGGUGGAAUGCUGAGAAUGCACAUCUACGUCACUCGGUGUUGAGUUCUAGGGUUCUUGAAGUAUUGCUCUCUCUACGCUUCUUCAUAUAUCAGUAUGGACUUGUCUAUCACCUCAAUAUAUCUCAAGACAACAAAAAUUUCCUUGUCUACUUGCUUUCGUGGGUUGUAAUAAUUGCCAUUAUUGGCUUGGUCAAGCUUGUUAACUGUGCUAGCCGUCGGUUGAGCUCAAAACACCAACUCAUCUUCAGGCUCAUAAAACUUUUGAUAUUCCUGGCAGUGGUUACUUCAAUAAUUCUUCUCUAUUCUCUCUGCCAAUUAUCCAUCAUGGAUUUGAUCGUCUGCUGUCUUGCAUUCAUACCAACUGGGUGGGGUCUCCUCCUUAUUAUUCAAGUUUUGAGACCAAAAAUCGAGUACUAUGCGAUAUGGGAGCCUAUUCAGGUCAUAGCUCAUGCGUACGACUAUGGAAUGGGAUCUCUGCUCUUUUUCCCAAUCGCUGUACUUGCAUGGAUGCCUGUUAUCUCAGCCAUCCAAACUCGGGUUCUUUUCAACAGAGCAUUUUCCCAGCAACUACAGAUCCAACCUUUUAUUGUAGGCAAAACUAAACGGAGAUAAGCUCUUAUGUGGAUUCAUAUUGGGGAUGUGAAUAUAACCUGAUUGGUUGGUCAGGGCAACAAGUGUCUGUACUCUGGUGUAAAUAUUAUAUUAUGCGGUGUGAUCCAUCAUUCUUUGGUCUAUGCCUUGUGCAGAUCUAACAGAGUAACAGCUCAGUUUUGAUUUUUAUUUUGGUAUAACUUUGCAUACCAUUUCUGUAACACGAAACAGUUGUAGUAUUUAGAGAUUGGACGAGUCAUGAAUCUCAUGAUACAUAUACAGUUACACAGAUACUAAUCUUCUUUCCAGUUGAAAUGCGACCAUUCAUUGUA